AUGAAGCACCUGCUCAGCCUGCCGUCGUGGAAUCCUGACUUUAUUCUUAACAUGAGCGAAAGUGACUUUCCUAUCAAAACGAUUACCAAGCUAACACAACUCCUGACCGCCAAUCGGGGACGAAACUUCGUCCUAAUGCAGAGAAUGGUAACGGUGGACGAGUUUAUCAGCAGGGCAGGUUACGAUAAGCAGUUUGUUGAGUGUGAAAAUCGAAUGUGGCUGAUCGGUGAUCGUGCCCCGCCGAGCGGUAUUGUGACGAAUGGUAGCAAUGAUUGGUUUUGUCUAUCCAGUGACUUUGUACGCUACUUUUUGGAUACAAGCCAUGACCUGGUGGCGAAAAUGAUGGCCAUCAUGGAGCAUACGGUACACAGCACGGAAAGCUUUUUCGGCCAAAUGCUACAAAACUCUCCCUUCUGUGAAACGCACUACGACAGCACCUUGCGGCUUAUUAGUUGGGUGCGUGGCAAGGGCUGCCCAAAGGGUCGCUCGGUCGAGUGGACGGGAUGUAGCCCACUGACCACACGGCGGAGUAGUUUUCCCAAUAUUCAGCGACACCUAACGGAAAGCAUUUAUGCGGUGCGAAAAAUCAAUCCCAUCUACGAGCAAAUGAUUGUGCUCAUGAUUGAAGAGUAUGCGUACGGAAAGUAUCCUUCGGGUGUGCCGAAUCUGAAUGCCUACUGGCAAAGCGUUUAUCACCAUGAGGAUGCAAAGCACGAGGCAAGAAUGAGUUCCGUUUUAAAUGUUGCACACGUGCUGCUCUAUAUCAAUGCGCAGGAAAACCAGUUCGAGCGAUACGAAGUGUUGAAAGUGUUGGAAAUAACACAUUACUUUAAUCGAAACACAUUUGAAGGGUUUUUAAUACGACAUGCUGCACUGUUGAACGAUCAUCGCCUCGAGCUGGAAGUGUUUGUGAAGCCGAAAGACACCUUUCAGCCUCACCGGGCGGUAGUGAAACAACUGGCCAACUUUAAGCUGCAAAUUUCAAACACGAUCGAUUGGGUCGAUAAUGAGGUAAUCGAUUUUGAUCGAGUGCUCACUGUUGAUAAACAGCCUGUGCUAAUGUUUCAGUUUCCAAAAUAUAAAACCCUUGCGCAAACGAUUAGCCAUAACAUUAGCGUCGAGUGGAUUAAUCCUCGCCAACGAUUGGUUACGGUUGAACGGUACACAAUCGAGCAAGAACCCAACGUAAUCGAUAACCAGCCGCUUGAAAGCACUGCUCUGAAAACGCCCCUCGUUCCCGGUGUAUGGAAAGCGAAAGUUUCUGUUAAUGCGACCUAUGUUGGAAUGAUUGAUUUUCUGGUAGUCAAAAAUAAGCCAAUUGUACAAAAGCAGGCUUCCACCACAACUACUGACGCUUGUGUUCGACCACGUGGUAUUCUCUCUGCUGCAAGCACCACGUGCCAACUGAGCAAUGCAGAUUAUGUGCUGCGAAAACAGUUUCGUUUUAGGGCAAACGUUGUGCAAAUGUAUCAGCUCGAGAGCACGUGCCUCGUGGAUAGCGGUGGGAUAGCGCCGGAGCAGUUUACACAUAAGCCGUUGGAACGGUGUAACUCUACACUGUGGAGCAGUUUUGCUCCAGAUCCGAAAAGUGACGUCCAUUAUCGGUGGAAGCAAAGUGGUUAG